UCCACAUUAGUUGGCACACACAUAGAAGCAUAUCCGCACAUACAUUCAAGCAGAAAUAAAGACACGCACACACAGACGUACUUCCUCAGACAUCGAUAUUUUCCCAUGCUCGCCAGCACAUUGUGAAAAUGUAACUAUUGCUUGCUGGAUAUAAGUUGAUUUAAUGUGGAGGAAAGAUACAUCCUUUUAUGCCAAAUUUUCACACACAGGAGCACUCGGCAGGCAGUUUGUCUUGAAACCAAAAGAUGGAUUCCAUGAUGACCCAAAGCACGCUAUCCACCGCCAUAAGCUCGAUGAUGACCACAAGCUCUUUACCUGAAAAUCCUGAUGAGUACCACACAGUCCUCCUGGUCAUUUACUCUGUGGUUCUGGUCAUCGGGACCAUCAGCCUUUGCUUGAUGAUGCACAUAAUGAAGUCCAGCUCGACAUCCAUCACUUCCAUUGCUGUACUCAACCUCAUCUUCACCCACUUCAUCUUCCUUCUCACUGUGCCCUUCAGGAUUUACUAUUACGCAACUCAUCACUGGAGCCUGGGCCACGGGUGGUGUAAAACGGUCAGUGGCAUGAUUCACAUCCACAUGUACAUGUCUUUCAUCUUCUAUGUGAUCAUCCUCAUCACACGCCUUAUGAUGUUCUACCACAAAGUUGAGCGGGUGGCCUCCCUCCAGAAGAUUCAUGCACUCGUUGUCAGUGCUCUGGUGUGGGUGGUGGUGCUUGUCAUGGUCCCUUGCAUAAUGCAUUUUGCCUAUGGAAAAAACGCAAAAAAUCAGAAGAUGGACAACAGUACCACAAUCUGCUUCAAGUUUGGCAGCCACAUAGGGUCUGUUGGCAAGGUGUUUAACUACAUCAUAAGCACAGUCAUUAUAGUGGUGGCCACAGUACUGACAGCCCUCCAAGCCAAUGCCCUACGGGUUUUAUACAGGAAGCACCGGCAGGGAUGCACCUCUCAGCAGGACUUUGGGGCUCAGCUGAAGAGUCUCUGCUUUGCUCUCAUUAUGGUUGUCUGCUUCAUUCCCUACCACAUGUUCCGGCUGAAUUACUUAGAACACGUCGAUCUGCAGAUUAUCAAUGAGGUGUUUCUGAGUCUGACCACUUUUAACUGUUUGGACGUGCUCACCUUCUUGGGGAGGACAACCUGUUACAUGUGCUUACCGGGAAAGGCUAUUUGACAACUGUUGGUUGGAUGUGUGUUUGGGGUUUCCUGAUACUGUAAUUGCUUUAUUGUGUAACUUUGUUUUACUUUAAUGUUCUUUGUUGCCAUAUUAAUUAUUAAUAUUUGUGUAUUGCUGAUGUGCAUUUCAAUAAAAGCAGUGUUUACCAGUUAUUUAAAAGCACAUACAAGCAAUCAUUAAAACAGAUGAACUGGAAUUAAGUAAAAAAGAAAAUUGAUGAAACAUAUACAAAAAUAAUAUUCACUUAAUGACAGCCCUUUUGUUGUCAUCCCCAUUGAUUUUGUUUCGAUGAUCUUCAAAACCAGAUAGACUAGCUAGCUCCCAUCUUAUCUCUGUCAGAUGUGCCAUGCUUUGCUUCCUACGACUGCUGUGUCAACUGCAGCUUUUUGUGAUGUGACUUAAUAAACUGUUUGGUUUUGUAAAUUAUUUUAUUAUUAUUUGCAAUUAUUUGAUAGUUGAAAGUGCAAUGAGAGAAACAUAACUUGGAGAGGGAGAGAGGUAUGACAUGCAGUAAAGGUUGUGGUAUCUUAACCAGUAGGCUACCAUGUUGUGAAAAUAUUGAAAGAAUUAUCAUGACUGGAAACUGUGCUUUGCUUUUGACUCAACAUGAACACUCUCUUGCCAUCUGCUGGUCAUUGUAUAUACUACACAGGCUUCAAGUUUGACAUUUGUAAUGCUAGAUUACACCAAUGGUCUUUAAAUUCCCUAAUUCUCUAUGCAAAUAGUGAAUUCAUGUGAAAGGCAUGUGAGUGGAAAGGAAAAAUAAAUGCAUUACACUUUCUUUGCCAACACUUAACCCGUGUGUACAUAGCUGGAGUGAAAUAAAUAAAAUUGUUACUUUUUCUUCAUUAUUGUGUG